UUUCUUUUUCUUCUUCAUCAUGUUUACUAGAUAUUUGCUUUUACUGCUAUUUGCUCCCUUGAUAUAUAUCCUGGGUUUCUUUGCUGCUUCCUUGUCAACACAUCAACCUGAUUAUUUCUAUACAUGGACAAGAGAUUCAGCCUUAGUUGCUCAGACCAAUGAUACCUUGUUGCAUGAUUAUGUCGACUUUCAAAUGGAUGUACAAAAGACAAGUACGCGUUGCAAUUGUCUGGGUGAACCAAAGUUCAACAAGGAUGGAUCAAGUUUCAAGGGACUGGAUUAUAUUAGCAAAGUAUGGUAUCAACCUAGUACACAUUUCUUUACCCUAAUGGUUAUGCGUAAAGCCUUGUUGGAUGGCAUUGAUUUCUUUAAAUUAUCCAAUCGUAACGUCGAGGAAUACAAGCUGGCUAGUCAUCUUAUUGGUAAGCGAAUCGAGACAUUCUGGUCAGAACAGCAUAACUACAUUAUGGCUACUCAGAACGUUCAGAAUGGUGUGCAAAAGCCAUCGGGUUUAGAUGUGUCUACAUUUAGAAAUGAUGGAUUUUUUACACCUGGGUCUGACAAGAUGCUGGCUACUGUUGUUGCGUUGGAAGAGUCAUUUGAGCCAUUGUAUCCCAUUAAUAAAUGGGAGAAGUUAGGUGUUUCGGUAAAUAGUAUAAAUAGACGGUUCUUUCAACGAAUCAUGCAGGUGGAUGAUGGAUACUAUUCACCCGAAAGUGCAACCUUAAAAGAGAUUAUUAAAAAGACAACACAUGCAGCAGACAAGUUUUUGAAAACGAUCCAAUUUCAUCAAGCUCGUAAUGGAUCCAUGUCAGAACAGUAUGAUAGAUAUAUUGGGUUUAUGGCUGGAGCUAGAGAUUUAACUUGGUCUCAUGCAGCAUUUAUUACUGCAUCCAAAGCCAAAGAUAGUCAUUUGAUUCAAUAAAAAAAAAGAGUGUUGAUUUUAUUAUUAUUAGUAUUAUUAGUGUUAAAAAAAAAAAAAAGAAAAAGAA